UCAGUUAAGAGCAGACAGGGUUUGGCCCUUUUGGGGAACACACGGUGAACGCCAGCUGGAUUGCAGUCCAGGUGCAGUUAUUCUUGGGCCCACUUUCUGGAUGAGAAAACUGAGUCCCAGAGUUAUCCAAGAUCAUCCAGCCCAGAAACCAGAGUGGCCUUGCUUCAGAAGUGUCCCAUGCUCCAACCAGGUUUUGGGGGGGGACCAGGAGCUGGAGAAGCUGGGGCUCGGUGACAGCGUGGACCUGCAUGUGUAUGAGAUUCCAGUGGAGUACAAGACAGUCCAGAGGCUCAUCCCCGCCCUGUGGGAGAAGCACAGUCCACAGGUGAGUGGGGCAAAGCUUGUGGUACAUGUGGGGGUGUCAGGCAUGGCGACCGCAGUCACACUGGAGAAAUGCGGGCACAACAAAGGUUACAAGGGGCUGGACAACUGCCGAUUCUGCCCUGGCUCCCAAUGCUGUGUGGAGGAUGGGCCUGAAAGCAUUGACUCUAUCAUCGACAUGGACGCUGUAUGUAAGAGGGUUACUACACUGGGCCUGGAUGUGUCAGUGACCAUCUCACAAGAUGCCGGCAGGUACCUCUGUGACUUCACCUACUAUACCUCUCUGUACCAGAGUCACGGCCGCUCAGCCUUUGUUCACGUGCCCCCUCUGGGCAAGCCAUACAACGCGGACCAGCUGGGUAGGGCGCUUCAGGCCAUCAUCGAGGAGAUGCUGGACGUCCUGGAGCAAUCAGAAGGCAAAAUCAACUGUUGCCACAAACACUGAGAGCCAUUCAGGCCUACCAAGACCUCAUCCCGCCAGGGACCCUGGGAGAGAUGUCCCCCUGCAGGGGCCUGGCCUGAAACGACAAGCCUGUCAGCUGGGGAUCCAAUUUGAAUGGAAUCUGCCAACUUAGCACUCACUUCCUCUCCCUUUCCCUCUGCAAAAGCACCAGUUGAUUUGAAGGGGGCAGCUGGAGAUUUUUUUCCCAUCUAUUUCUCUUUGCGUCUGGGGAUGCAGCUGUGGCAGCCAGGAAGCCAGGAGGUCCUGAGGUCCUGAUUUCUGCAGAGAACCCUAAUCAGGUGGCGCUCCACUCUGCAAUCCCAUGGCUGGGGCCACCUGCUUUUCUAAGUCUGUGUUGGAGGAAUUCCGGAGUUCCCUCUGUCUGGGACUGGUUUUGCCAAAAUUUAAAAGCUUUAUGAAGAGUCUUUACCCUGAUCUAUGUCCCAACAGCCUGGACUUCCCCGACUAGGGCUGCCUUGGGAUGUGUCAUGGGUUCUUUUCUUUCUUUUUUAUUCUCUUUUUAAAAACAAUAGCACUAGUUUGGGCACAGAGUAAUUUAUAUUCCCUUUGGUUAAAACGUGGGCUCUAGCGAAACACAGAAGUGUCUUUUGUGGGGUGUGGCCCCUUCUGCCUCCUGCCGCAAACACUGGACCUACAUCUUUGGGGGCUGACACUGAGAUCCCCUCGCUGGGGGCUGUGGGUGCUGGCCCAUGGCCAGAACACAGGGAGGGGCUGGGUGGCUGCUGCCCCAGGAGAUUGAAAGAGUUGGUUGAUCCUUUCAACAACCGAGCUGUGUGCUGUACCCACAGGGCCUCCAGAGCUGGGUGCCAGCGGGAAGGCAGACUGUCAUUUCAACGUGCACAUGACUUUUUUUUCUUAACACGUAGAAAUGCGUAGCAGCUGCAAACCUACCCCACAUCUGGCCUGGAUUUUCAGUUUUGGUGCUGGGGACCAGCUUCUUGUUUUCUUCAGCAGUGGGGUGCCCAAAAGGGAGUCUGGGGGCUGAGCUCCAUGUGUGCUGGUGUGUUUGAACAGGAGGGCAGCCAGCAGGCUUUUAUGUAGAUGGUUUUGGGACCCAGGACUAGAUAAAUUUUUAUCUCACUCUCUGGGGUGACUUGGAAUUUACUAGCCAGGAAUGAGAGUCACAACCCCCAGGAGGCAACUGAGUUCACCUGGACCUUGACACCCAUCAAAGAGAGGGAGGGGCAGCAGCAACCAUGAGGAAAAUCCACCUCUGGGAAAUAGUCUUCUAUUUUUUGGAGAACACACAGUUUUAUCAUCUCCCUAAGUGUAAGGCAUGCAGGGAUCUGACGCUGUUUGGAUCCUGUUGGUGUUUCCUAGCACGGAGUUCUUCUGAAAACAGCUGAGAUUUUUGUUUUGUUUUGGUUUUCUUAAACACUCACCCUCUUUACCUCCUAUUCUGAUGCCCAGGGUAGUUCUUGCCUCUGCUGAGCUGCUGUGUUGCUUGGAAACCAGGUUAAUGGGUUUCUGAGUUAAAUGCAUUUCUGAGUCCUGGACUUUCUCUGGGUGGGAGGAAAUGUGUGCAGGUGGGUGACUUGGGGUCAGCAUGUGGCAGUUAGCGUGGAUGGUGGCUGGCAGGGUGAAAUGAUCAGGAACCCCCAAGUCAGCCCUCCCUCUGCCAGAAAUGCCUCCCUCACAUCCCCAGUCCUAGUUUGCUGUCUCUUGAGAAAUCUGGAAUGUGGGUUAUCAUUGCUUUUACUCACUCAGCUGGCUUCUGUGAGCAGAGGUUGUGGCUCUUUUGAACAUGGGAGGCUCAAAGCCAGAGGGUCCGCGAGAUGUCUUAUUCAGAUUGACAUCAAGCUCUGUCUAGCUCGGUUCCCUAAAGGUCUGAUCUGUGGGGCUCUGAGGAGGAAAUGGAUCCAGGCAAAUUGGAGAGGGGAGGGGGGAACUGGAAGUGAGCCAGGUUUGAGCUUAGCUGGAACCCAGACACACCAUCCCCAGACUCUGCAUUUUUAUCUUUCUUUUGUCCUCAUUCCUCUCUGUUUAAAGCACCGUGUGAUUUAGCAACUUAGAGAUAUAACUUAUUGUCUGACCAUUGUCGAGUGUGUGUGUGUCAUUUUUAUGUUCCUGCAAUGGUUUUAGAUUUCCUCAUCAAGUCAAGCUGGAACCCUGUCCUUGUUCACAAUACAGAGCAUAUUGCUUGUUUUUAUUUAAUCAGAUAGUCAUUAAACAUUUCAUUCGCUCCCUGCCAGCUUUUUAAUUUUCCUGUUUUAAUUAUUUUUAUCUUUUUCUUUUGGGCAAAUUCAUCUGUUCACUCCAUGGUGUGUCUGUCUGCAUUUGUUGGGUCCCGGACUAAAACAUCCUUGUCUGAGAAGGUGGGGGUGUGGCUGGUCGCAUUCCUUCUCCCUUACCAUUUCAGAGUCUCAGACUGUGGCGGGCACAGAACAAGGAAAGGGACAGGUUUGUGAUGUGAGUGCAGCUUGUAGGUAUGUAGGUGAGCGAUGCCAGAAGCGGUGGGUGCAGUGAGUGUAGAAGGAUGGGCUGAGGGAUGUGAUGGGAAGGCUGAUGGGGGAAAGGUGAGAAGUGAUGCUGGGGUUGGAGCCGUGGGAAGGUGAAGGAGGGGCCUCUGGUGAGCCCCUGCAGAGGAUGCUGAGGUGGAGGACGGGCAGGGGCAGUGAUCUGGGGGACUAGUGAUGGCAUCUCCUUUAAGUUGCCAGAGCCUCGGACCUUUUGACUUUAUUCUUCUUUCAGCCACUUUGGGUACCCCCCCCCCACCAAGAAGAAGGUCAGUGGUCUGUGCCUGAGUAUGUAGUUGGAAAAGAAAUAAGACAGAGUGGAUAG